GUGCAUUGAAUAAAGAAAUCGCUCUAGAUUCAAGUACGUUUUCCCCUCUGCUAAUCCUCAGAUUUUACCCAAAUCAUGCCUGAGCCCGCGAAGUCCGCCCCGGCCCCGAAGAAGGGCUCCAAGAAGGCCGUGACCAAGGCGCAGAAGAAGGACGGCAAGAAGCGCAAGCGCAGCCGCAAGGAGAGCUACUCGGUGUACGUGUACAAGGUGCUCAAGCAGGUGCACCCCGACACGGGCAUCUCGUCCAAGGCCAUGGGCAUCAUGAACUCGUUCGUCAACGACAUCUUCGAGCGCAUCGCCGGCGAGGCGUCCCGCCUGGCGCACUACAACAAGCGCUCGACCAUCACGUCGCGGGAGAUCCAGACGGCCGUGCGCCUGCUGCUGCCCGGGGAGCUGGCCAAGCACGCCGUGUCCGAGGGCACCAAGGCCGUCACCAAGUACACCAGCUCCAAGUAAAUCCUGCCUGCCACGGCUGGUAGUGAACCCAAAGGCUCUUUUCAGAGCCACUCACUUGCUCAGCCUUCUAAAGAGGACUGGCACUCAGCAUUUCCUGCCGGAGGCUUCCAGUGGACAGGGAGUGCGUGGAAGGUGCUAAGGCUGCAGUCGCAGAAAGAACUUAAGGCACCGCAGGGAAGUAACCCAGUUGAUCCCUGUUCCUGAUCAACUCCAAGUCUUUCUCUUUCCUGUAACUCACCUGUG